ACUUCGCCCGAAUGGAUGUUCCGAAAACGGAGUUGAAUACGGCAGGACAAUGGAUGAAAACAUUCCGGUGUAUGAAGUGACUGAUGCGAACACGCGUUUGAUCCACAUAGGUUCCUUCGGGGACUUGUGGCGAGAAAGGUUACAGAACUGCGAUUUAACUUUGGCGGAGAAAGACGACUGUUUGAUGGAAAAUAGCGAUGUGGCCCAAGAUCUUGGCUGUUCGGAGGAAACUGCUGCAGAACUCCGACUGAUUUGCGGAGUGGAUGCAUUAAAAUGCAGCGAGAAUGAAGAGGCAGAUCCUGAGAACAUCCCUGAGGAUCCCAGCCUUCUGACUCUGGGGAUUCGGAAAAAGAUACUUGAUCGGCGGAGAGAAACGCUCAUUAUUGAACGUGCAUGCAGACAAGAAACCUUCCUUCAUGAGCUGGAAUUUCAUGCAGUAGGAAAAAGACCUGAGGAUGCAGCCGAUAUGGUGGAUGAGGGUGAAUUGGUGCUUACUCUGAAUAUUGUGUAUCCAGUCAUUUUCAGAAAGCACAAGGAAUACAAACCCUAUCAAACUGUGUUGGUUCUGGGCAGUCAGAAACUAACGGAGCUGAGGGAUGCCAUUAACUGUGUGAGCGAUUUGCAAAUUGGAGGAGAAUUCAGCAACAAUCCAGACUUGGCCCCCGAAAAUAUCUGCAAGGAUCUGUACAAAUCAGCAUUUUUUCACUUUGAGGGCGUGUUCUACAAUGAUAUGAGAGACCCGCAAUGCAGAGAUAUAAGCAGGACUACCAUAGAAUGGGCAGAAUCUCGUGAUAGAGGCUACGAAAAAUUUCAGUCUGCUAAGAUGGAGGACUAUACGUUUAACGAUUUGCGUUUAAAGAUCGGCUAUCCUUACCUGUACUGCCAUCAAGGGGACUGUGAGCACGUUAUUACCGUUACAGAUAUAAGACUGAUCCAUCACGAAGACUGCUUGGAUAGGACGCUCUACCCGUUAUUAAAGAAAAGGCACUGGUUUUGGACACGAAAGUGCUCUGUAUGUCUAAUGUACACUGCAAGGUGGGUGACCGUUAAUGACAGUCUAGCUCCAGAUGACCCAUGCUUCUUCUGUGACGUCUGCUUCAAAAUGUUGCACUAUGACACGGACGGUAAUAAACUGGGAGAGUUCCUUGCCCAUCCCUAUGUGGACCCUGGAAUCUUUAACUAGAUCUGGAAUAGUGUGUUUGGGACCAAAUAUUUAUUAUGUCAAUUAUGAAUGUGGAGUCUUUCCCUAGAUAUAGUUUUCCUCAGUACAUUUCCUCAGAACAUUGUUUGAUACUGAAAGCCACUGCUGUGAAUAUGCAUUGGGGGCAUUCUAAAGUGGAUGUUUCAUAUAUCUUUCACAAUGUAAGUCAUUUUAGUUUUAAAUGCAUUCAUUUUAAUAAAUGCAUUAACUGCUA